UCCACCACAACCGAUCAGACUCGUGAACAUUUACCAAGCACUACUUAUUCAGCCUGCCGUUGUUUGUCUCCAGCCCUCGAAAGCAUUUGAGUGACCAAAGGAAAACGAGAUUAGCUUUCGUUCCAUCAGAAAUGGAAAGGGUCGUCUUUCUCCUCUGCCUUUUUCUGGCAUCCGUAUCAGAAAAUUCAGCUACGGAAACGACAUGGCCAUUCACUGAUACGACUUUAUACGAAACAACAACGCCAGGAUCAAGAUGCACAGGAAUUUUCGAAGAGGUCGGAGACCAUUGCAUCUUCGUCGAUGAAUCUCUUUCUGGUUCCUGGCAAGACAUGAGGGACGUGUGUCACGUCCUUGGGGGAGAUUUACCAAACCUCCAGGAUGCCAAUUUUUUGGCAGAUAUAAAGGAUUACUUGUAUAAUUAUGGACACACUGGCGUAAGUUACUGGGUGGGCAGCAACGACCAGGUCACGGAGGGAGUGUGGCAGUGGGUCAACGACCAUUCCCAGGUGAAACUGGGAACACCACUUUGGGGUGACCUCUACGACAGGCACCAACAACCCACGGGAGGAUCAUCGGAAAACUGCGGCGUCCUUCUUUCUGGAGACCACUACUUCAUGCAUGAUGAGUCCUGCGGCCUGAGUCACUCGCUCAUCUGCGAAGAAUACCACUUACAGGGAACAGAUGUUGAGCAGGCAAACAACAGUAGGACGGACAUUGUGAAACCAGUGUCUUCCCAAAGAGACUGUCCACCCCCCUACGUCCUUGUGGCUGGAAAGUGCAUGUUCGUCAACACCCUGGCUGAGACGUCGUGGGAGUCACACAAGACCUCCUGCGAGAGCCUGGGAGGUCACAUGAUCAAGCUGAAUGAUGCCAACGAGUUGGGAGCAGUCUUCGACUAUCUGACCCAGUUGCGUGUGUUCCAGAAUUUCUGGAUCGGCGCUACUGACAACCACCAAGAAGGGCAGUGGUUCUGGCACGAUGGGAGCAGGGUUCGAGAGGGGACGCCCUUCUGGGGAGACUACGGAACUAGCACCCAGAACCCCAGGGGAGGGGUACUGGAAAACUGCGGGAUGAUCACCGCCGACGAUCACUACUUCUUCGAUGACGAGGACUGCGAAGCCGCUCAUUACGUCAUCUGCGAGACUGAUAUAAUGUAGCCUUCAGCGGGACAUCCGACUCUUAAGACAAAAUCCCAUUCAAAUUUUGAGAUUAAUUUAUUCUCUUUCAUGUUGUAAAGUGUAAUUUCUGUCGAUUCUUUUGUUAUCCAGUGCGUAUCAGAAAAGCACUGUUAUUACAUUUCAUUGUUUUCUGUUAUUAAUUAUGACUCGCAUUAAUUAAAACCUGUUGACGCAGUCA